UCCAACCUCGAAUUCUGCUCAGCUCGCUUUGGCAGCUUGGUGGGCGGUGGGCGCGGGUGGCGGAGGCGAUUGAAGCUGCUGGCCCAGCAUGUGGUGCGCGAGCCCAGUUGCUGUGGUGGCCUUUUGCGCCGGGCUUUGGGUCUCUCACCCGGUGCUGACGCAGGGCCAGGAGGCCGGGGGGCGGCCAGGGGCCGACUGUGAAGUAUGUAAAGAAUUCUUGAACCGAUUCUACAAGUCAUUGAUAGACAGAGGAGUUAACUUUUCGCUGGACACUAUAGAGAAAGAAUUGAUCAGUUUUUGCUUGGACACCAAAGGAAAAGAAAACCGCCUGUGCUAUUAUCUAGGAGCCACAAAAGACGCAGCCACAAAGAUCCUAAGUGAAGUCACUCGCCCAAUGAGUGUGCAUAUGCCUGCAAUGAAGAUUUGUGAGAAGCUGAAGAAGUUGGAUAGCCAGAUCUGUGAGCUGAAAUAUGGUAUAACACAGCCCCGUGUUUUUCCCAAAAAAACACUGGACUUGGCAUCAGUUGACCUGCGGAAGAUGAGAGUGGCAGAGCUGAAGCAGAUCCUGCAUAGCUGGGGGGAGGAGUGCAGGGCCUGUGCAGAAAAAACUGACUAUGUGAAUCUCAUUCAAGAGCUGGCCCCCAAGUAUGCAGCAACACACCCCAAAACAGAGCUCUGAUCUCCAAUGCCAGCACAUUUGUGACUUGUAAUUAGAGAGAAAAGUGACUCUCUAGGAUAUGGACAUGUUGAUUAAGGAUAACUGGGAAUGCAUCAUA